AGGGGGUACUUUAUUCACUAUGUAUUGUUCACACCUUUAAUCCCCCUUGCAUUGUAAUUACAAUAAUUACAUUUAUGGCCCCCACAGCAGACAUAGGAUUUACUAUUUACAGGAAACCCUUUGUUAUGAUAAUCAAAGUUUAAUGUAAAUUUUUUGGUCAACUGCUUUCCUAUUAAAUACACAAUAACACAUACUGCCAUAGCCAAGAAGGCAAUCUCUUACAACUAUAAAGCAUUUGCCAAAUUUCUGAUGAUUUUCCAUAGUUUUUGCCAAUUUGCGGGAAAAAAUCCUAUGUGCACCUGCUCAGACCAGAAUCUGUGAUUUCAGGAGAGGUUGGGCACCUGCAUGUGACGUCAUUUCCUCUGACUCCAUUUUUUGGCACCGAAAAAUGUAGGUCUCCCUAUAAACAUUUUCACAGCUCUGAGAAGGUGAUUGACAACACUAACCACACUCUACACCUCCUCCAAAAAAUUGAUUGUUUGUGGCCUGUGCUUUUAUGACUAUGCUGGUGUGAACUGUUGGCAAGAAAAAUACAGACAACAUAGGCCUUCUUCCUCCAACUUCCAUCCAUAUUUUAUGAUCUGUUAAUCCACUUUACCGAUUUACAAUCCCCCAAAGGCUAAAGUCUUAUUGUAACAUCCGCUGUGUGCCAGCGCCUAAACGCUGGCGCACAUCAACUUAGGCGCUGGCGCAUAAACGCCGGCGUGCGUCAAUUUAGGAGCCGGCGUCAAAACGCCGGCGCACGGACGCUCCCGCCAAAACACUUAGGUGAAAUGACCUCAUAAUGGUGCGUCUAUUCUCCUAUUGGCUGUUGAUGUGCCUGUCCUUCCUCAACCUGCUCCUGAUUGGUUCCUGCUCCCUUAAAUACCUUCCUCUUCCUUCUUCAUUGCCCAAGCUGGCUUCAGUUUCUACUGUUCCGCUAAAGCCCUGGUUUUCCGUGUUACUGUUUGACCCUCUGCCUGUUUUCCUGGACCUUCGAACCUUCGCUGCCUGAAACCGACCUCUGCCUGAAACUCGACUACGCUUUUUUUUUGAUUCUUUGGUACCUCGCUUCUCUGACUUCUGGAACUGACCUUGCCUGAACUUGACUACCUUCUUGCCUGAUCCCUUGUACAAGAAGGUAACACGCUUGGCUCCUUUGCUCCUCCGCCACAGAAAGCCCGGGCCCCAAAAGGGUGUCGGUGAAGACCGGAGCCGUAGAGGAGUUCCCGUUGCCACCAGUCCUCCGUGGACCAGCCAUCUUCCUACGGGAUCCCAGGUUUUUGUGCCUUACGAAUGAAUGUAAAAAACUAGAUAUUUGCAAUGGCUUGGAUGCUGCUAGUUCUUUGCAAUCUCUUUAUUCUCUGCACACUGCAAUACAUUAGAGCAAUCACUGCAGAAGAAAUACUGAAUCCUCCAAGAAACAUACAGGUCAAUGUAAGUACUGAUAAAGUUGCAAUUAAGUGGGAAAAACCAGAAACACAUAAAGAAGAUGCAGCGUAUUGUUUUUCAUAUGAAAUCGACUUAAAGGGAGACAAAAUUCAGGAUAAAAACAUCACUGUACAUGAGUAUUUAAACUAUACUUCAGAAGAAUUCACAUCAAGCCAGCCUUUUGAACUGAAAAUGAGGGCAAAGAUGUCGCAUUAUUGUCGUAAGACACAAUUGAGUGCAUGGAGUAAAACCUUUAAAUUUGAUCCUCCUGUUUCUAGGAGACUCACAAAAGUUCACAUGUUUGUUCUUCUAGCAAUAAGUACAGUCAUCAUUGUAUCAAGCCUAAUAUGUGUUUGUCACAGAUUCCAGCUAUUGAAAAAAGUAUUUCCACCAGUUCCAGCACCUAUCAUUAAAUUGCAAUGUUUGGAGCAAGAUGAGCUCAAAGAGCUACAGGAGAACUUAAAGUCGGGAUAUGAAAAACUCCCAGAUAAUGAAGAAGACUUUAAAAUCUGCGAAGUUGAAAAUUGUUGAAGAAGCUUGUAAAUAAUAUAUUUAUUUGAGAAAAUGUUUAAGUAACUGUUACUGUUAAUUCAUUUCUUGCAAUGCAACCUUACCAUGGUAACCUCAGCGCAAAUUUGUCCAUUGGCAGAUAUUUCGUUAAUGCUUUGAUCCAGUUUUAUUCCCAUCCAGUUGAAAUUACUUAAAGGGAUACUGUCAUGGGAACAAUGUUUUUUUCCAAAAUAAAUCAGUUAAUAGU